AAUUGCGCCAUCGCUUCCUGUAUUCCAGCCAAUCAGCGAGCAGGUUGCCGUCCCAUUGUGCCGCUAUGACGGACUCAAUGAAGACGAGCGGGGAGAAUUCUCCCACCACCGAGUCCGAUCCAAACAAAAUGUGCAGCUAUUCGGGUUGCAUGAGUGUGCUGCUCCGGCUCCUGGCUGACUUGGGUAGAGAGCUCAAAAUAGGUGACGGCGCUUUGAGGGUGGACGUCAACAUAGAUGCCAUAAGUCCACACUUGUCGGACGCUGCUAACGCUCACGACUGUCUACAGCGACACAUCACGAAGCUACAGGCGGUGUCCGAGAGCCUCAAAACCCUGGCGGAGGCUCCAAGUCGCGCGUCGCCAGAGAGCACAAAGGACGCGCCGCGUGACGCCGCGUCCUCGUCCGGCCUCCGUCACCCGACGUGGACGCCGCCCCUCCCCGACGACGUCCUGGUGCAGAUCCGCGCCGGCAAGUCUGAGAUCGAGCGCAGGAUAUCUGCAUUUAUGGCGCGCAAGCAGAUGGAGAUCAAUGAAAACAACGUGCGCGAGUUCUGCAACGUGAUCGACUGCAAUCAGGAGGACAGCUGUGCCAGAACCGAUGCUGUCUUCACGCCGUAUCCUGGAUUUAAAAGCCAUGUGAAAGUCACACGGGUGGUCAACACGUACGGACCGCAGACCCGCGCGGGAGGCCAUGGCGAGGCCGGCGAUCCGGCGGCGCGCGACUGCGGCAACACGGCCAUCGAGGAACGCCUUAACAACAUCGAGUCUCACCUCAAACUCCCGACAGCCGGCCCGGUUCCCGUGAGCGUCUACCAGAGGCUGAAGAAGCUGGAAGACCGCAUCCUGCAGUUGGAGGGACUCUCGCCAGAGUACUUCCAGUCCACGAAUCUCGCACAUAAGAGACUGAAGACAUCACCUGGUCAGGCCUGUAGUCUGACUGAGCUGGAUGAGAAGAUUAGUGCCGUCAAAGCGGCCUUGCUGAAGAAGGCUAACGAGUUUGGACCCGCGUACGGACCGGAGUGCCCGCUCUGACCGAAGUUGGUGUGAUUGUAAAGUUAGGUGUAAUACCCUGUGUGUAAAUAAAAUGAGAUUUAGUCCUUAAAACCUUGGACCUGUGGUUCAUUUUGCGUGAACUGUAAAGACUUUCUGAUGGUUUUUAAUAGUCUGUACGUUAGCGUCAAAGGUGCCUAAUCUGAGCGGCUAAAAUUUGUAUGUGUGUGUGGAUGGGCGAUCAUUUCCAAGCUAAAUCAUUAGCUUAGCAUAUGGUACAUGCAAUGUAUGUCAGCAUAGAACAACAGCUAGAUUCCAUUCAUUUUUGCUAUACAAUAACUUAGCAUAUGCUACAUAGUGUUUUAAUUAGCAUUGAUUGAGCUGCUAAACGUUGUUUUGUUCAGUUCCAUUUCUGCUACUACGUCAUUGUUUUCAAAUCAUUUCAGUGCUAGUCAUUAGCCUAGCGUGCUAUUUGCUAUAUAUGUUAGCAUCGAGACUAACAGGCCCGAGUACCCAGAUACUCCCAUGUCAUGUUAAAUUCCAAUUCCACCGCAUUAUUUGUAGUUUUUGUCAUUUUUAUGGUAGUCUUUAUGCUACAUAAACAUGAGCAGCCAGGUGCUCUUGAGGUUGUGCCAAGUUCCAUUCUGGCUCGAAUUCACUGCAGAUAUAUAUUUUUGGUAAUUUUCAAGUAUUGACGCACUUAGAGCAUGUUAGAUUCUGCCAUGUCAAACUAAGUUUUUUGUGAGCGUGAUUGAUGUUAAACGACGUGGUACUGAUCUACCUGAAGUUUUCCUGUCUCCCAAGUUCUAUUUUGUCACAAAAAAUGAAGUGCUCGAAUUCGGUGUUGUUGGUUAUCGAUUAUUCGACUAAUAAACGAGCAGACAAAAUCAAACAACCUGGCGAGUGAACGUGCGCGAGCUAGCGCAAACGCACGCGGCGCAGCGUGUAAUUGGGAGGAAGCUGAGCGAGGCCACCUGAUUUCUGUGCCCGACUGCUGCGUCGCUGAUGAUCAGCGCUAAUGGUUGUCAUUAUGACAAAUGACCUGAUUAUGGCAACUCUUGUUUGCGAAACAUCUCGCAGAGGCAACAAAGCUGCGCCGCCGCCGCCGCUGCGCCGCUGCGCCGCCGUCUCCAUCAACUGCUUCGACGAAAUUGUCGAUUAUGUUUUCAUUUUUGAUGGCGUUUUCAGCCGUGCUGUUGGUUGAAUUACUAUUCAAUUUCACUCCACUUAUGUUGUCCAGAGUGGGCCUUGAGUAGGUACAGUAAACCUGCAUUUAUUGCUAGCGAUACAUUCUACACCCACCUGCAAUAGGUCAAUACCCGCGAUAUAGACACCAGAUACAUCUUUCCUAAUAAAUCUCUCGUAGUUUGACCCCUCCCGCACACUUUAAACUUAUUAAAACACACUUUUGAAAGUGUUCCUGAGCAGGGCCGGCGCUACACGGCCACCAGACCGCAAGGUGGUCACCCCUGCCGCCUAUUUCAAGGCUUCAGUCGUCUGUCAAGUACGUCUGUGGUUCAGUCAUGCGGCCACAAGCGGUCCCUGUGUCUGGUAAACAGUUAGCGUUACCUGACGCGUCGCCGUUAGACGGAUGCACACUCGAGACAAAACUGAGGCCGUACUGGAGAGCUCGCUAACUUGUUAGAUUGCUAGCCAGUUCGCUUAUGAGCUAGCACUCAUAGUACACCCACAAAAAAAAAAUCCACUCAACUGAGAAAGUGAAAAAGUUGAAUGCAGAAUCUCGGAACUUUCGCUUUAAACUGUUGUCUGAGGAAAUUUUCAUCACUUCUAACUUAUAUACUGUAUUUGGAGGAACGCAAAAAUGUCUUCAAUGGGUGUUUAACGAGAAAAAACAACUUGGGGAUUUUUUUUUUUUUAAUGAAUGCUAUCAUGAAAAAAAGCCGAUCUUAACUUUAAACUGAAAAUUGAUUUCAAAACUGGCGUAUCACGGUAAGAUGUGGCUGCUUACAAGAGCCGCGUUGAAACAUUUAGGUCACGUCAAAUCUGAAAUAUGCAUGACAAGACUAGAAAACCGGUGUCAAACUCAAGGCCUGGGGGCCAGAGUUAACCCGCUACAUCAUUUUAUGCGACACGCAUAAAUUUACAUCAACUUAAUUUAUUCUUAAAAUUUGCAACAAAAUUGUUCCAUUUCAUCAAUAUUGUUGUGGUUCUGUUGGCUUCAUCAAGCCGUGAUCUCCAUCUCUCACUGGAGCGAUUCGCAGCCGAGUGUGAAGCGGCUGGGAUGAGAAUCAGCACCUCCAAAUCUGAGACUAUGGUCCUCAGUUGGAAAAGGGUGACGUGCCGUCUCCAGGUCGGGGGUGAGAUACUUCCCCAAGUGGGGGAGUCCAAGUAUCUUGGGGUCUUGUUCACGAGUGAGGGAAGAACGGAGCGGGAGAUCGACAGACGGAUCGGUGCAGCGUCUGCAGUGAUGCGGACUUUGUAUCCUCCCCUCGCGAGUGGGCACGAGCUGUGGGUCGUGACCGAAAGAACGAGAUCCCGGAUACAAGUGGCCGAAAUGAGUUUCCCCCACAGGGUGUCCGGCUCUCCCUUAGAGAACAAGUGAGAAGCUCGGUCAUCCGGGCGGGGAUCAGUGUCGAGCCGCUACUCCUCCGCAUAGAGAGGAGCUAAAUGAGGUGGCUGGGGCAUCUGAUCCAGAUGCCUCCCGGACACCUCCCUGGUGAGGUGUUCCGGGCAUGUCCCACUGGAAAGAGACUCUGAGGACGAGAGACUAUGUCUCUCGUGUGGCUUGGGAACUCUUCGGGAUCCCUCCGGAAGAGCUGGAAGAAGUGGCUGGGGAAAGGGAAGUCUGGGUAUGCCUGCUGAAGCUACUUCACCCGCGACCCGACCCGGAAAAGUUGCAGAUAAUGGGUGGAUGUUGUGAUAUUGCAAGCACUUGUAGUUCUCUUUACAGGAACUAUUGUCCUUGACAUGAUUACAAAACUAAUUAGCCAUUGAUAUUUUUGGAUAUAUGUAAGAAUAUGAUGAGCUGAUUCAACAUUUUUUGGGUUUCACUGUCAUAACGGCCCUCUGAGGGAAACAAAAAUGACAAUGUGGCCCACGGCAAAAACGAGAAACACUUUUGCUCUUCCUGUACUGGAUUCAUAUACAAAUCUAUUUAAAAAAGUGCACUCGGGCAACGUUAGCAUAGCAAAAUGUGCAACGAACAGGUGUUAAAUUCUUCAGUCUUUCCAUUUUACAGUAAGCAGUUUGGUUCUUCCGAGCUGCUUUUUGUCCAUCAUGUCACCACAUUUUUCUCUGUGAUUGAUGGAGUGACCUCGGGACAAAAGAACUUGCAUUCUUAUGUCUUUUUGUCAGGCUAUUGUAUUGUUACCACAAAAAUGGGGGGUUUCUUUUCCUUUUUCUCUUUUUUUUUUUUAUAAUCCUGUUUCUUUCAGGUGUACCUUGUUUUCCCCCCCCGUUGGCUCGGGUCCUUCUGUGGAUGUUCGACAAGGGGGCCAAAAUGUGCGGGGACCACUUGAGCUGCCGCAACGUUGACAAAUGGAUUUGGGGGUCUGUCCUCUGGAGGUUUUUUAUUGUUCCCCUGGAGCUUUUGUCUCAGACACAGUCCCCCCAUGAGGGUUAAUGAGGACAAAUUGCUCCGAGAGUAACAAAUGGAUUAUGCGCCGGGACAAAAGCUUGUAUGCGACGGCCGGGAUCCGCCCAUCGUGCGCCCAUUGAGCACAGCGUCCGCCUCAAGUGGCUCGCCAAAUAUCUCAUUAUCUUCAUCCUGCCUGUUUUUAGUCCGUGUCGAGGGUUGCGGCCUCCUGCGGUGAACUUCAGCAAACCGGCCUGGAAAUUUGUGCCAACGGCCCGUUAUAGAAGGUCACAGCUAGCGACUGAGACUCUCGAGCGAAUAAUGUUACGAGUUACCGCGAAAGUGUUAUUUGCGCUACGUGUAAGAUUUGAAACUGUACACAAAAAAAUACCAUAUGUAUGUGUGUGUAGACAUAAAAUCUUUGAUUGUAUUAUCAGAAUCGCAUCCUAACAUGUCGUGUAUAGUGUUGUUUGUGGCUGUCCGGCAAAAAUCAACUCAGAGGACCCGACCGUUUUGGAGUCCCGGAGGUGUAGCUGGAGCGGAACCCCCCUGGGACUCUCUCAUUCUGCUGGGGGACUUCAGUGACAGUAAAACCCGGAAAGGUGCGAUCGGGAGGAGCGUCCCCCUAAUUGGACCCAGAGUGUCGCUUUGCUUUCGGACGUCUGCGGCCAUCACGAAGUGUCCCAAAGGCACGUCGUGUUCUAGCGGAAGUCUGCCCGCAUGCGUACUUAACACCAGGAACCCGAGGUCUCUAUUCAAAGAGCGACUGCGACUGUUUCAAUGGACUUGAGGCGGGAUGUUUUUCACGCUUGGGUGAAGUGAGGGACGGCGCUAUCAACUGAUCACUAAGUAACUAGUGAUCUGAGGGCUUCGAUGAUUGGGAACAAGCUGGUCCAGACCUGAAGGUCCAAACCUAUUGUGCGUGUCCCCUGUCGGGAAGAGCUUCACUUCCCACUGACAGAAUUUUGACCUUGGUUCUAUGCGGUCCGUGUUCCGAGCCUCGAUUGUUGAGGCGGCUGUAAGGUGGUUCAGGUCGCUCAAAUCCUUUCGAAGAAGCUGAACCCUCACAUGUAGGAGGAGCCAGACGAGGUGGUCCGGGCCUCUCUGGAGAAAGUGUCCCUCAGCUGGUCUGGGAAUGCCUCGGGACCUCCCCCUUUGAAGAACUGGACAAGGGAAAAGUCUGGGCUUCUUCGAUUGGAAGAAUGGAAGAAAAAAGUCGGAAUGUCACUCAAGGGGGGGGGGGGGGGAUAAAGUUGUAGCGUGACUUGGAAGUCAUGGACCCUGAAAAGAUCCUCACGUUUAAUUUGAAGGGUGCGCGCUUGUCCUUCACAGCAACUUUUUCCCUCUUUGCGAACGCGCGGAAACCCGAGCGCGUCUCCGAGGUCACGCGGGCGCCGUUUGUCUUUUUCGCGCUAACAAAGCAUCCACUUCCGCAUUGACUCGGGACUAAUUCCCGCCUGUCAAUCAGCCUCAUGUCUCACCAAGUCCUUUAGGAACCUCACUCAAAAGACACAGAGGUGUUCCUUGUCACCCCCCACCCCCAAUGCCCCUCUUUUGGAUUUUUUUUUUUUUUUUUCUCCCCUCGGUGAGGUCGCCAGAGAGGAUUCAUAUCUAUUCAUAUCUUGGCAACUCUUAAUGGGCUCCAAGCCCUCCAGAGAGAAAGCUCUUUCCUGUGACUAGUCAGCUCCAGUCUUUAUUCAGCCGGUGGCUCGGUGUCAAAAAAAAGACUGUUGCUCGUUUGAGCCUGCGAACAAUGCCGAACAAGGCUGAAUCUCGAGCGGGUGGAACAAAAGACAGAAAACAGGCUUUUCACUGGGCGGAACAUUAGAUUCUGACACAUUUUGCCGUUGCAGUUUUUCCACCCACCUCCGCCGCCAGCCCCCUUUUCCUUCCCCAUCAUCCUGAGUGCUGCACCGCUGGUCUUUUUUUUUUUUUUAAGAGACCACCUGUUGGCAACAAGCCUGUUCUUCAUUACAGGCAGGCCCAUUAUCGCAAGGUGAGGAGCGCCACAGGCUAACUUUUUUAGCUUAACCCUGCAAAGGUUUCUUUUUGUAGCUGCUGGAAAAUCAUUUUUUCCCCCUUACCCCCCCCCCCCCCAUCAGUAAUUUUCAGCCUUGCCUUUUGUGCUGUGGGAGGAAGUGAUUCAUUUGUGUUCUUGUUCGUUACAAAAUGACGCAAAACAAAAGGAUGGUUAUAGAGGCCGAAUGCUUACAUUGCUUGACUGCGUAAUUAUGAACGUGUCCGUACAUGAGCGCAAGGUCCAAAGUUUAAUGUUGUUUUUUUUAUUCCCUCAAAAAUCUAUUUAGCCAUUUUUAUUGGCCAUAAACACACACACACACACACUCAAGUCUUGCACAAUUAUCACCGCACUGGACUGAACUGGACUGGAAUGUCGCUCUAACGGGCCCUCUAAGUGCUCCGCAUCCUUGCAUAACUGUGAGUUAUUAUAAGGAAAAAAAAAAAUAAGUUGCCUGUUAAUUAACCGUUUAUUGUCCUUUGUUCUUGUUCGUUCAUUUGUUUUGUUCUUCGUACUCAACAUGUACGUUAUACUAGGGCGGCGCCAACUACUGGAGACAAACGAAGCUGAUUCUGAUCAUUGUAAAUAUAUAUUUUUGAACAAUCAAGUACACGAGCGUAUACAGUGAAGGAACAGGUCAUAUAAAUAGUCAUCGCUCCAUCUUGUGAUCGAUAUUUUUUUUUUUUUAAACUCGCUAUCGGCCCCAAAAAAAUCUUGCUUGUGUAACGCCUUUUUUUCUGCAAAUAUUCAUUCAUUUUGCAUUUAAUGCAUGCAAAACCUUCCCAAAAAGUUGAAAAACGGACUUGUUUACGACAAUGUUACAUCACCUUUCCUUGUAUGAACACUCAAUGAGCCUUUUUGUAUCAUUUGGAAUGUUUUGUUUGGAGUAACCUUGCCUAUUUUUUUUUUUCUUCAACCUCUUAGUUUGUGCCAUUUCAAGCAAAUCGUUGGACUUGAAACACUUGAAAUUCAAUUAACAAAAAGUAGAGAAAAAAGGAAAAAAAUUGGUUUGUAGUAAAACUUUUGACUGAAAGCGUGAAAGCAAAAUUAUGGCAACAGACAAGGUUUACAAAUACAUUUUUUGUUUGUAAAAUAACGCCAGGAUUUCUUCUGUAACUUGAAUAGGUUGUUCCGUGCUUUCAUUUUAGAGUAAAACGAGAACUUGAACUUCAUAAAUUUGAACGGAAAAAAAGAUGAGGAAAUGAGUGACAUUCUAUUUGACCCCGAUGGUGACGACUCUUUAUUUUUAUUUUCCUUGAUUUAUUUACUCCCCAAAACAAAGCCCCUUUUCCACUCAUGACAGUCUGGGAGCUUUGGUUGCACUUCUCAAAAGAUUUUCCCCAAUAACUUUGAGGGCACGAGUCCCACUUUUUUUUUUUUGCACAUCAAGUGGCUUUCAGGGUGCUCGGCGAGGGGGCAACAUUUCCGCAUUCGGAUCCCGAGCCCAAUUGCGUCCGCCGUGCCAUCGCGCGCCGCGAGGGAUGCGGUGAAGUUGUUGCGGUGCACCUGUGCCCCCCAUGUGCCGCCGCGUGCUAGGGAUAGAGCGAAGCGGACAGACACCCCCCCCCUUCCCACACAACAAGUCAGCUGCUCCACGCCGCCGCCGCCGCCGGGCUGUGUGGAGUUAAAUGCGGCAGCGGGGAAGCAGCGGGAGCGGAAUUCAAGCAAUUACAAUCAAGUCGGGGUAUAGUUUGAGCGUGGGCCCGCCAGCACCUGAGCUGGAUGCUGAUGAGACACUUAGCCCCCACCGACAAGCCCGAGACCUCCCCUGCCCUCCGCCAAUGGAGUACAAAUACUUCCUUACUGUACUUCAUUUGGUAGCAUUUCUCUCGGCUCCACUACUUCCACUUCAUGGAUGCCAACGUUAGAGGUUUUUUUUUUUGGGUUGUUGUCAGAUCAGAUUUCCGCCUUUCAGUGUUGCGGUUUUCAUCCACGUCCCCGAAAACCUUCAAAUCUGCAGUUUUGUCUAAUGCAACCUGAACUGUUAUCUUAUCAAGGGGCCUUUUUUUAUUGCAGCAACUUCAUUUCGAAUUUACCGGCAUUUAUCCCUCACCGAGGUGCGUACAACAGCCACAAAAUGUACUCAAGAAAACAGAUACUUUAGAAAAAUAUGACGAGUAAAAGCACAAUGUUGUUGUACAAAUAAUUACUUCAGUAUUCAAUGAAAUAAAAUACCCACAUGCUAGCCUACAGGGCUGCACACACUAAUUUUGCACCCUGACACACACACUUCACAUUACAUCCAUGGUUUCAUAUUAUUAAGAUUAUUCAUUCAAAUUUGGCAUUUUUUUUUUUUUUUUUUUUUUAAAACACAUCUCUAUGCUGUGUAAAAUAUACAAUAUUUUUUGGAGCCUCUUAGUUGCAUCAUUAAGUCCAUUUACACCCCUCCCACCCUGUUCUCGCAGACCCCCUACUGGACACCACUGGCGCUGCACCGCAGUCCCUCCGCUUCGACACGAGUGGCGGGGAGUCAAUCGCUCUCCAGCCGCCGUAAUCGGCUCUCGUCGGUCAAGCGUCGCCGAAAGGUUCCGGACGGUCCCCGGGAAAGUUAUUUGCGGUGGCGAGCCUCUUGCCCUUUAUUACGUGCUCCACGCUUCCCGUGCGACGCUGCUCAGGAAUAUCGAUGACCCCGGGAAUACGGAAGGAGGCAUCACGACGACGCUCUUACCCUCUUAAAGCUCCCCCCCCCCCCCCCGACCCACUUUUUAUCCCUGUUCUUAGAUCUUUUCCACGAGAGGAGGCGGAAGUGAGACGGGGCUCCCGCUUUCUCUGUUAGCUGCCGCAUUCGGCUCAAGCACCAUCAGGGUCGGGAAAGGGCCCGCUCGCUAUACGAGCGCCGCAAACAACGCGCUUUGUCAUGGAAAGAGCCCAGUCGGACCAGAUGCUUCUCCGGAGGC